GAAUGAAAAACAGAUAGAUGGUGAUUUUUAAAGUUUCUCAAUAAAUUAGUUUAAUAUUAAUUACCUGUUCCUUUCCCUACCUCCUGAGUCUUGAGUCUGAGCCCAAGUCUUCUCAUCUUCCUUAGCUCAGCUUUGUUUCAUGCCUACCCCUCUGGAUGAUAUGGUAAAUCGAAAUAAUACCGAGAGAGGCAGACCCCGCCUUAGGCCGCCGCGCCCUGGAAGAAUGACUCUCGCUACUCUUCGAGGCCCCCUCGCUGUUAAUGCCCGCCCAUCCCAACUUUCUAUUACUAAGUCUUCCCACAAAACCAGGAGCUUGCCAUGGCAGCAUGAUUUGUUUGAAGACAGCCUUAGAGCUGCAGGGAUAUCAGGAGUAGAGGUUGGCACCAAGUUAUAUGUUUCCAACUUGGAUCAUGGAGUCACAAAUGAAGAUAUCAGGGAACUUUUCUCUGAGAUUGGAGAGCUGAAAAGGUACUCGGUUCAUUACGAUAAAAAUGGUCGGUCAAGUGGUUCAGCUGAAGUUGUUUAUCUUAGAAGAAGUGAUGCAUUUGCUGCUCUUAAGCGGUACAACAAUGUAUUGUUGGAUGGAAAGCCCAUGAUAAUUGAAAUUGUUGGUGCCAAUGCAGAAGUCCCUGUUUCAGCUCGUAUAAAUGUAACUGGAACAAAGGGAAGGAAGAAGAGGACUGUUGUUAUGACGUCUGGAGCAGGUCAAUCAAGAAGCUCUGCUGGAAUUAAUCGUGGUCCUAACCGUCGUGGGGGUAUGACUAUGAGGAGUGGUCGUGGAGGUGGCCGUGGUAGAGGCCGUGGCCGUGGAAAAAGGAAGCCUAUGGAAAAGUCAGCAGAUGAUCUUGACAAGGAGCUUGAGAACUAUCAUGCUGAGGCCAUGAACGUUUCCUGAAGCUUAAAACCAUAUGAAUUUACUGAACAUUAUUAUUUUUUUCUUAGCUAUCUGUACAAAAAUGGUGGUUUUAGUGCUGCAUUGUACUUUUGCCUGUCGACGGUUUGCUUUUUGGUUUAAUGAUUAGAUUUCUUAAGUUUAGUUGGAUGGGUUUGUUUUGUUAUUUAGGUAGAUUUCAAGCUUAGUUAUAAAUUAAAAUGGAAUUUAGAGCUUGGCUUGGCGUAA